AUGACUGAACGCGCUGCUUUCAACAAAUGUAUUAUUGGUGAUUAUACUGCCAGGCUACGUCUCGGCAGAACUACCGCCAACGUGGUUACCGACGAGUUUGGUUUGAUUGGCGCUUUACAGCAAGGUUUGACGAACGGUGCUGAGAUGCUAGACGUCGGAUUGCACAGAAGUGUAACCUUAAGUACGCAGUACAUAUAA